UUUAACGUCAAUUAAAAAAGUAAUAAGACAAGUUAAUAAUUUUUUUAAAUGGGCGAAGCAGGUGAAGGUGGAGAAGGGGCUGUGGAAAUUUAUCCUUAUGGGGAGUAUGAAGGUGGUCGUGAUGAAAAUUUAGAUCGACACGGAUUUGGAAGUGCUUUAUUACCUAACGGGGAUAUUUAUGAAGGUAAUUACCUUCAUGGGAAACGCCAUGGAAAAGGGAUGUAUUGUUUUAGAAACGGGGCUCGUUAUGAUGGUGAAUGGCGUAAAGGAUUAAAACAUGGUUGUGGGGAAUUUUUGUAUCCAGAUGGAACGCGUUAUGUUGGGGAAUGGAAAAAAGAUUUUAAACACGGGCAAGGGGUUUAUUAUUUCAUGAAUGGGGACACUUACGAAGGUCCUUGGUAUAAAGGAUUAAGGCAUGGACUUGGAACUUAUACUUAUAAAAAAGAUAACAUUCCCCAUUAUGGAAUUUGGAUUGAGGGUAGAAUGACAGGGCCUGGGAUAAUAACAUAUCCAAAUUAUCAAUACCAUGGCAAUUUUGAAAAAAAUCUUCCCAAAGGCCCUGGUUGCUUUACUUUUGAAUUAAAAUGGAUGCAACAUGGGUUUUAUAUUAAUAUUAGGGAUCCAGCUUUUGAUUAUGUAGGAGCUGAAGAAUUAGCUCUUGAGGAAACUAAAGAGCCAGAUCAAGAAGAAUAUCGCGGUAAUCCACGUGGGAUAGUCCCAAUUUGGAGAGCCCGUUUAGUAACGACAUAUAAACCAGAGCUUUUACCACCAGAACCGCGCCCAUUAAAGAUAAAAGAUUCUUUAGAUUCGUUAAUCGAUAUUAUCGAUUAUCUUCAACAACAAUAUGCAGUAACUGGUGGUGAAGACGCAGUUAAUUAUGACCCUAUUCAAGGCUUAGGAGAUCCAGGAGUUGAUCCAGCGGUUGCUCCAGCUACUUCUCCAACUGGAGAUCCGAACGUUAAAUAAAUUCAAAAAAAUGUUUUAAAAUCAUUUUUAUUUUUUUGUACAAUUACUUAAUCCUAUCAUUUAAUC